CAGCACACAGCAGAACAAAAAUACCACAUCGGCAACUAGAGGCGAGAACGAAGUGUUUAUAAUUCGACGGGACGAAAGCGCAUGGCACGACCUUACUUGAACAGGAUCUGUUCUAUAGGCUCGUACUUCUGUGUCCUUUAGCACUAAGGAGACAGGAUCCCUAGUCUGGUGGAUGAGAUGUGGCCACGUAAUCAGAGCGUGAUUAACGGUGACGAUGCUCCCUUGGAUCAUCCUAUCUGUAGAGGAUCGUUCUCAGCCGUUCAGAUGGCCUGGGAUGGUCACGUGGCUGUCUGACAGACUUCUAAUUUUUUUUUUGUCAGUUUUUUGAAUUUGAAGAACCUCAGGCGAAGAUCGUAGCAAGAGGAGCGAUGAAGAUUUUCCACUAUCCAUGCUUGGAAGACAACUACGCCUACCUGAUUAUUGACGAAGCCACCAGAGAAGCUGCAGUUGUGGAUCCCGUGGAGCCGGAGAAGCUCGUGAAGGCUGCCGAGGAGCAUGGAGUUCGGAUCAAGCUUGUUCUCACCACUCAUCAUCAUUGGGAUCAUGCCGGGGGGAAUGAGAAGAUAAAGGAGAUGGUCCCUGGGAUCAGAAUCUAUGGAGGUUCACUUGACAAGGUCAAGGCUUGCACCGACGAAGUUGAGAAUGGUGACAAGAUAUCCCUUGGUGCUGAUGUUAAUAUACUGGCUCUCCAUACCCCUUGCCACACGAAAGGCCACAUAAGUUACUAUGUCACCGGCAAGGAGGCAGAAGACCCAGCUGUUUUCACGGGUGACACCUUGUUUAUUGCUGGUUGUGGUAAGUUUUUUGAGGGAACAGCUGAGCAGAUGCACCAAUCGCUCUGUGUAACAUUGGCUUCAUUGCCAAAGCACACUCAAGUGUAUUGUGGCCAUGAGUACACAGUGAAGAAUUUACAGUUUGCACAAACAGUUGAGCCCGAGAAUGCGAAGAUAAAGCAAAAGUUGUCUUGGGCUCAGCAGCAAAGGCAGGCAGGACAUCCUACCAUUCCGUCAACCAUUGAGGAAGAGAUGGAAAUAAAUCCAUUUGUUCGCGCUGAUCUUCCCGAAGUCCAGUCAAAAGUUGGGUGCAGCUCUCCCGUGGAAGCUCUUGGGAAGAUAAGGCAGAUGAAGGAUAGCUGGAGAGGCUAAAAUUGCCCCGCCGCUCGAUACUCACCUUUCCUUGUACUGCCUGGAUUCAAUGUGCGAAAAAUGGCAUCAACGAAACAAAACAGAAAGACAUCUCCCCUUGUUGUUGUACUUUGUAGAAUGUAUGUUAGUGUUUGAUAAGACACUGGCAUAAGAGGUCCCUGUAUAACACAGCUACUCUAGUCAGAAUACAUGUCUGUAUGUUUAGUGGCGAUAGGAAGUUGUCUGGUUUUCUCAAAGGAAAUUCUUUCCACUGUGCGCAGGUGUAAAUAAUAACAAACGAGUCCA